AUGGCAUCGCGAGCAAACACCAAAAUCAUCGUGGUCGGUGGCGGCGGCACAAUGGGCUCUUCGACAGCCCUCCACCUCCUGCGCACCGGCUACACCCCCUCAAACAUCACAGUCCUCGACACAUACCCGAUCCCAUCCGCACAAUCAGCCGGCUAUGACCUGAACAAGAUCAUGAGCAUCCGGCUGCGCAACAAGCCAGACCUACAACUUUCUCUCGAGGCAUUGGACAUGUGGAAGAACGAUCCACUGUUCAAGCCCUUCUUUCACAACGUUGGAAUGAUCGACGUCUCCUCAACAGAGGAAGGCAUUGAAGGCCUCCGCAAGAAGUACCAGUCAUUAGUUGACGCAGGCAUCGGACUCGAGAAGACAAAUUUCCUGCUUGAAAGUGAAGAUGAGAUCCUGGCGAAGGCGCCGCAUUUCACACGGGAGCAGAUCAAGGGCUGGAAAGGCUUGUUCUGCGGUGACGGCGGCUGGCUUGCUGCUGCCAAGGCCAUCAAUGCCAUUGGGCUGUACCUGAAGGAGCAGGGCGUCAAGUUCGGAUUCGGCGGUGCCGGGUCAUUCAAGAGGCCUCUCUUCGCCGACGCCGGGGAGAAGACGUGCAUUGGCGUUGAGACUGUGGACGGCACAAAGUACUACGCCGAUAAGGUCGUUCUGGCAGCUGGAGCUUGGAGUCCCACAUUGGUCGACUUGGAGGAGCAGUGCGUCUCAAAGUGCUGGGUCUUCGCCCACAUGCAACUCACCCCAGCCGAAGCAGCCGUGUACAAAGAUACCCCAGUCAUCUACGACGGCGACUACGGCUUCUUCUUUGAGCCGAACGAAAACGGCAUCAUAAAAGUCUGCGAUGAGUUCCCAGGCUUCACACACUUCAAAUCCCACAAACCCUACGGCGCCUCCUCCCCAAAACCCAUCUCCGUCCCCCGUUCCCACGCCCAACACCCCACGGACACAUACCCGCACGCCUCCGAAAUCACCAUCAAAAAGGCCAUAUCCCGCUUCCUCCCCAAAUUCAACAACAAGGAACUCUUCAACCGCGCCAUGUGCUGGUGCACGGAUACAGCUGACGCGAAUUUGCUUGUUUGCGAGCACCCCCGCUGGAAGGGGUUCUAUCUUGCGACGGGCGAUAGCGGGCACUCGUUCAAGUUGCUUCCUAAUAUCGGGAAGCACGUUGUGGAGUUGCUGGAGGGGACUCUGCCGCCUGUUAUGGCGGAGGCGUGGAGGUGGAGGCCUGGCAGUGGGGAUGCGUUGAAGAGUCGGCGUGCGGCGCCGGCGAAGGAUUUGGCGGAUAUGCCGGGGUGGAGGAAUGAGGCGAAGAUGUAA